CAGAUAAACUGGGACGGAGAUUCAUGAAACAACAGUGGAAAGAGCGAGGGGAAGCAACAAAAAAUAAUAAUAAAUUGAAUAAGUAGUGAGGCAGAGGGACGCAAUGUGGUGUGUAACAGACACCAAGGAGCAGGAGAGAGAGCAGAGGAGGAGUCCGCAAGCAGGAAGGAGAACCAAAAACCUGCAGAUAAGAGAGAGCAAACACAGAGGAGGUGACCCUUAUCAUAUCCUGAAGGAGACGAGACAUAGAGCAUGAUCUUGUGUUUGUCUACAGUGCCAAAGAAGCGCCAGGGAGAAGCCUCCAUGGCCAGAGAAUCAUCGCCUUCCUAGCUCCAUCAAGGGGCCCUUUUACCCUGCUCCAAGCUGCACUGGGGGGCUCAAACGUUCCCCUGACUCCACCAGGAGGCUCACUCCAACCCAUCUGCCAGCUCAGAUAACCCUCUGACUGUUGGCAACCACAUGUUUGAGGUGACUGUAUGUGACCGCCGCCGCCCAUUCUCGAGCAGCAGCAGCAGCCUCCUGCGACCCCGAUCUGCAUCAUGCAGUGGAGACGGCGGCACUGCUGUCCCAUCAAGAUGACCUGGACCGUCAAGCGUUCGCUCUUCCGGACCCAUGUGGCCGGCCUCCUCUCUCUGGCUCUGCUCUUCACCCUCUUCUUAUUUUUCAGCCACCAGGACUGGCUACCGGGACGUAGUGGACCGCGGGAAAACCCACUGGCCUACACCGUCAGGGGUUUCCGCAGCCCCAAGGGAGAAGCCAACCAGAGCAACUCCCUGAGGAGCCUGUGGAGGGAGACGGGGUAUGUAGUGCCAAAGCCUUUGCUCAACCUCAGCUCUCAGCAGGCGGAUGGGGCACCAGGUGAGGCAGCAGCAGGAGUAGGAGGCGGCGGAGGAGGAGCCAGGAUGGGAGUAAUGGGGCUUGGGGACUCCAUGAGCACUAACAACAGUUUACAGAAGGAAAUGGGUGUGGGAGGGAGGCUCAGUGCUCAGCCCUACCGCUACCUCCUGAACGAGCCCUUCAAGUGCAGGGACAGCACUCCCUUCCUCAUCCUCCUCAUUGCUGCAGAACCUGGCCAGGCUGAGGCCCGGAACGCCAUCCGCCAGACAUGGGGGAACGAGAGCAUAGCAGUGGGUCUGGUGUUUGUCCGUCUUUUCCUACUUGGCACAGGAAAGAGCUCAGACACCUUCCUCCAGAGCAGCAUAGAGGAAGAGAGCCGCGUUUACCACGAUAUCAUCCAACAAGACUAUCAAGACACUUACUACAACCUGACUAUCAAAACCCUGAUGGGCAUGAACUGGGUGGCCACCUAUUGCCCACAUGCCUCCUAUGUAAUGAAGACAGACAGCGACAUGUUUGUCAAUACCGAGUAUCUCAUCCAGAAGCUGCUGAAGCCCGAGCUGCCUCCCAAGCAGAGGUAUUUCACUGGCUACCUGAUGAGAGGCUAUGCACCAAACCGCAACAAGGAUAGCAAGUGGUACAUGCCACCGGAACUGUACCCAAGCGAGCGCUACCCGAUAUUCUGUUCGGGAACAGGGUAUGUGUUCUCAGGGGACAUGGCCGAGCUGAUCUACCAGGCCUCUCUCAGCAUACGCAGGCUCCACCUGGAGGACGUCUAUGUGGGGAUCUGCCUGGCGAAGCUGCGCAUCGACCCAGCGCCCCCUCCCAACGAGUUCCUUUUCAACCACUGGCGGGUGUCUUACUCCAGUUGUAAGUACAGCCACCUGAUCACAUCCCAUCAGUUCCACCCCAAUGAACUCAUCAAGUACUGGAACCACUUGCAGACCAACAAGCACAAUGCCUGUAUCAACAUGGCCAAGGAAAAGAACGGCAGGUACAGACACCGAAAGUUUCACGGAGAGAGGCCUCCUUGAUGCAUCCUGUGACGACCACCCGCCUCAAAAAAGGGAGACGGGUGCACUGUAACUACAGCCGAUGGAGGGCAUGUUGAACUCAGCACUAUACACUAUAUGGGGAAAAAGCACAUUGUUUUUGGUAUUGUGUACAGUUGAUGAUCCAAACUAUUUUUUUAAUUUGAGAAAAAAUGUUAAGUAUUGUAAACCUGUUGAGCUAUUUCUGAAAUGAAACUUGGGGGACGUGUUAAAUGGAGCAUACACAAAAAGUGCUGCUGCUCAAGUUUGUGAUAAUUCAGGUGCCAACAGAAAGGUGGUAAUUCAUGCUACAGUUAAUGUGAGGGCUCUCCCUAAAAGGUAGUACAGUAUCACACUUUACAAAUCUAAAAAAAUAAAAAACAAAUGAGACACAAUUGUGUUUACACAGAGAAAGGGAAAUGCACAUGUAUCAUUGUUGAAAGUUACACUACCUAAAUAUGAAUGAAAGUAUCUUUGACGUUGACCAGUUAUGCUGCCCUGUUUCUCAGUGUUUACUUUACAGAUUUAUCAAAGAGUAUGAGUCUAAAGAGAAGGUUUAUCUGUCAUAUACUGUAUUUUAUUUAAAAAAAAAACAUGAAACCACUCAGAAUCACAUCAGAGAUGACUGAGAUUGUAUUUUUUAAAGCUUUACAUUGAGUAUGACUCUGCACUUGAGCAAAUGUGCAAUGAAUCAAUUAACAAUUAAAUGUACUGAAUUAA